AUAAUUCAUUUGAUUUUGAGCUUCUUUCUCAUCACUCAAAAUUUCCACAGAAUUAAGGAAGCUGCACAAUGUCUGCUGAUACAUUCAAGUUGAAGCCAUUUCAUUCAUCAAAAACUACCAAUAAAACUCCUCUUCGUAGGUUCCGCAACAGGAGGAGAGGGAGAGUGUUAUUGUCCAAGGCAGCUAAGGUUGGGAAGCUGAAGAAACUAGAGAUGGAGAUGAAGAAUUGGAAGCUAUACAUGGAGAACAAAAGCAUCAUUGAAGAGAACCAAAGGUUGCAGCACAAAGCUUUUCUUCUUCAUCAAGAGAACAAGGCUUUGCUAUCACAACUCCAAAAAUGCUCUUCUUCUUGUUAACUACAAUAGAACAUUUCUAUUAUUGUUAUUAUUAACAUUCAA